AUGGCCCCUGAUUUCUGUGCAGACUUUCCCACUCAUCUGUUAGAUCGCAUCCAAGUCGUCCUUAAAACUGGCACUGGCGAGCCUGAGAAGAGCAGAGCACACCUUUCUACCGUUACUUCCUGCAUAACCAACCUCAUCGUUUUUUCCGAUCAUGACGAGAAAAUUGGUCGGUAUCACUUCAUUGAUAUACUCGAAGACCUCCCACCAACCUAUGCCUUUAACAACCCGGACUUUGCGGCUUACCAUGCUCAGAAAUUGGCACAUUCACAAGGUGGUUCGGUAGGCUAUUCGCAGGAAGGCUGGCGACUCGACCGCUUCAAGUUUUUGCCUAUGGUUGAGAAGACGUAUGAAAUGCGCCCGCACGCUAAUUGGUAUGUCUUCAUCGAAGCCGACACCUAUUACUUUUGGGACACAUUGUUUCGCAUCCUCGAUCAGCUCGACCCAUCCAGGAUGCAUUAUAUAGGGUCACCGGUUCUGGGAUCUAACGGUCGAUAUUUUGCGUAUGGCGGUGCAGGUUUUGUACUGUCAACGGGCGUAAUGAAACGCUUGAUUCGAGACUCCAGCAUUGACUCUCGCGUCAGUGUUCAAUACCAGGACUGGGCUAAGAAGGACUGCUGUGGCGAUGCCGUGCUUGGUUAUGCAAUCCUAGAUAAAACCGGAGUGAAACUGGAAGGUCUUUAUCCUACGUUUGCUGGUGACGAACUCGGGACCCUUAAAGUGGACAGGGAGAGGUGGUGUAUUCCACUGCUUGCGCUUCACAGAAUGUCGCCAGAGCAGAUGACGGCGCUGUGGGAAUGGGAGCGGACGAGGCCAUAUAAUGAGGUAUUUGUCGUUCUCUCUGCCGGGGAUGUGUCCACCGCUAACGCUGUUAGCAACCUUUUCUUCACUCGUCCAUACUCGCAUAUACCCAUUCUCAUCUCCGCAAUGAGUCGACCUGGGCAUUCUGGGACAACUACUCCGACAUUACUCAACCAGAAGACUCCCCUGCCCAUUCUUCUGCUGCAGCGUGCAGCUCUUUCUGCUCUACGAACCCAGAUUGCCUGCAAUUUUCCUAUUCUUCCGGAAAGUGCCGGUUUGGGAAGUCGAUACAGAUGGGAAAGCCUGUUCCAGACGAUCAAGGUUCCAUAUCUGGUUGGGAUAUCGAAAAAUUGUCAAAAUUAG